AACAUCAACAAUCCCACAUUGGUGACCCAGACUCAGCAUGGAUGCCGCAGACAGUUCGCAAGCAGCACUAUCCAGAGUGGACGUGCGGCUCCCGCCGUUCUGGUCCAAGCGAUCAGCCAUUACAGGACAGUGACGACGAAGUCCAAGCACUNCAUUAGCAGCGAGCGCAUCAAGUUCUGCCACGUGAUCUCACUGCUGGAACACCGGUACGCCACAGAGGUGGAAGAUAUCACCUCUCCGCCUGAACGAGACCCCUACAGCCUACUGAGGACCGAGCUUCUGAGGCGGCUAUCCCCAUUGCUAGAGCAGCGCAUUCAGCAGCUCCUAACGGUCGAGGAAAUUGGCGACCGUGCGCCGUCCCUGUUGCAGCGAUACCUCAGGAGUCUCGCACCAGACGUGUCUGAUAACGUCAUCCGAAGCGCCUGGACCAGCCGGCUACCCCGCAAUGUACAGAGCUUCCUCGCCGGCCAGAACGAGAGCACCUUGGAGGCCGCAGCCCUCUGUGAGGACCGCAUCUCCGAGGUCGAAAUCCAGCCGGCGCUCGCUAGCGUUGGUCAACCCACGGACAACGCCGCACUUCGAGACGAGAUCGAUGACCUCUCCCGCCAAGUGGCUGCACUUAGCGCCGAACAGGACCGCCUCCACGACCGUUUCAAGGCGCGAGACCCGAGAGACCGAGGCCCCAGUCCCAAGGAUUCCUGCCCCGCCUUCAACAGCCACCGGCAUGGCAGCAGAUCUCCCUCCCGUGGCGACACCACAUCCAGUACCUACUGGUACCAUCGCCGCUUCGGCGCUCGGGCGCAAAACUCUACUCUGGCCUGCUCCUACAGCCAGCAGGGAAACUGA